AUGAACUCGUACCCUUACCCCUCCCACUUCAACUUCAACACUGCUUCCGUGGCCAUCGCCCGGGAGCGUGCUGGCAAUCGGGCUCGCCCUGCUCCUCGCGGCCAGCGCCCUCUUCAAAUCGAUGAUCGCCAGGACCCUUACGAGGCUAUUCUUCUCGGCCCCGGCGAGAAUAAGAUUGACGUCGAGGUCGAUACCCGCCUGCCCUCCGCGGCCAUCUUCACCUUCCACAAGGAGGACCACACCUUGGGAAACAUGAUCCGCACCCGCCUUCUCCGCACCGCCCACGUCACCUUCGCCGCCUACAGGGUCCCUCACCCCCUGACUCCCAACUUUGUCCUGCGUUGCCAGACCGACGGCGAAAUCACCCCUCGUCAGGCUGUCAUCAACGCCUGCCAGGCCUUGAUCAAGGACCUCGGCAUCCUUUCCCGCGAGUUCACCAAAGAGUAUGAACUGCGCAAGAUGGCCAACGCUGCCAACCAGCAGCAGAACAUCGGCGAGUAA